AUGAAGUCAUCGUCAUUUGAUUCUUCCGGGACUCUGGAGCAGGCGGCCUCGGUGCCGGUGGUCUACGCCACAGCCUUCUACUCUCUGGUGGUGCGUGGCAGGCUCCGCCCCGGCGAGACGGUUCUCAUCCACUCAGGGUCAGGGGGCGUCGGCCAGGCCGCCAUCGCCAUAGCACUCAGCAAGAAGUGUAAAGUCUUCACUACAGUCGGCUCAGCGGAGAAGCGGUCCUACCUGCAGCAGAGGUUCCCUCAGCUCUCAGCAGAGUCCUUCGCUAACUCCAGAGACACUUCCUUUGAACAGCACAUCCUGCUGCACACACAGGGCAAAGGUGCGGAUCUAGUGCUGAACUCUCUGGCAGAGGAGAAGCUGCAGGCCAGUAUUCGAUGCCUCGCCAGACACGGACGCUUCCUGGAGAUCGGCAAAUACGAUCUGUCAAACAACAACCCACUGGGCAUGGCUCUGUUCCUGAAGAACGUGGCCUUCCACGGCAUCCUGUUGGAUGCCCUCUUUGAAGAAGGCAACCAUGAGUGGGAGGAUGUGUCCAAGCUGCUGAAGGAAGGCAUUAUGGGAGGUGUAGUUCAGCCUCUAAAGACCACAGUGUUUGAGAGGGACCAAGUGGAGGAGGCGUUCAGAUACAUGGCUCAGGGCAAACACAUCGGCAAAGUCCUCCUGCAGGUGUGUCAUGAGGAGAAGGGUUCAGCAGUCCAAGCUGCUUCCCGUGUGUCUUUCCCAGCUAUCUGUCGCACCUUCUGCCCCCCCUCCCAUUCCUACAUCAUCACUGGAGGACUGGGGGGCUUCGGUCUGGAGCUGGCUCAAUGGCUCACUGAGAGAGGAGCCCACAAACUGGUGCUGACCUCCAGAUCAGGCAUCAGGAACGGUUACCAGGCGAAGCGAGUUCGUGAAUGGAAGUCACAGGGUGUGGAGGUGCUGGUGUCGACCAAUGACGUCAGCACACUGCAGGGAACAGAGCGACUCAUCGCUGAGGCCGGCUCACUGGGCCCUCUGGGGGGGGUCUUCCACCUCGCCAUGGUGUUGAAAGAUGGCAUGUUGGAGAAUCUGACUCCUGAGCUUUUCCUCGAUGUUAACAAACCUAAAUAUGAUGGAACCGUAAACCUGGACAAAGUGACGAGAAAGUCUUGUCCAGACCUGCAGCAUUUCGUGGCCUUCUCCUCCGUCAGCUGCGGCCGUGGCAACGUUGGCCAGAGUAACUACGGUUACGCCAACUCGGCCAUGGAGCGUGUGUGUGAGAAGCGCAGACACGAUGGCUUACCUGGACUGGCGGUUCAGUGGGGAGCCAUCGGCGAUGUGGGCGUGGUGCUGGAGACCAUGGGGGGCAACGACGCAGUGAUCGGUGGCACGCUCCCACAGCGCAUCACUUCCUGUCUGGAGGUGCUGGACCGCUUCCUGUGCCAGCAGCGCCCGGUGAUGUCCAGCUUCGUGCUGGCGGAGAGGACUGUGGUGAAGAGUGAGGCGGGAAGCAAGAGAGACCUGGUGGAUGCUGUCGGACACAUCCUGGGUGUGCGGGAUGUGAGCAGCCUGAACCCUGAUGCCUCUCUGGCUGACCUGGGCCUGGACUCUUUGAUGGGUGUUGAAGUUCGCCAGACUCUGGAGCGGGACUACGACAUCGUCAUGGCGAUGAGGGAAAUCCGCCAGAUCACCAUCAACAAGCUGCGAGAGCUGGCCAGCAGCAAGCCAAGCGGAACAAAUGACUCUCAUAACACCGCAGCUAAGAGGGAAAGCGUUCACGCUCUGUUGGAGUCUGAUCUGACCCAGCUGUUGGUGAACCCCGACGGCCCCACGGUGACCCCCCUCAACAAGGUUCAGAGCCAGGAGAGGGCCCUGUUCCUCGUCCAUCCUAUCGAGGGCUCCAUCCACGCCUUCAAGACUCUCACCUCCAAACUCAGCAUUCCCUGCUACGGCCUGCAAUGCACUAAAGCCGCUCCUCUGGACAGCAUCGAGUCUCUGGCAGCGUUCUAUUUGGACUGCAUCAGACAGGUGCAGCCGGACGGGCCCUAUCGGAUCGCUGGAUACUCCUUUGGGGCCUGUGUGGCGUUUGAAAUGUGCUCCCAGCUUCAGACCCUGAACCUACCUGUGGAGUACCUCUUCCUGUUCGACGGAUCACACUCUUAUGUGGCAGCUUACACCCAGAGUUACAGGGCCAAGCUGACCCCAGGCAAAGAGUCUGAGGCUGAAACUGAAGCCCUGUGUGCCUUCAUCCAGCAGUUCACCGGCAUCGCAUACAACAAGCUCCUGGAGGUCCUCCUCCCGCUGGCGGACCUGGAGGCCCGGGUCAGCACGGCGGUGGACCUGAUCACCUCCGCCCACAAGAACAUCAGCCGGGAGCUGCUGCACUUCGCAGCCACCACCUUCUACUACAAGCUGAAGGCUGCUGACGGCUACGUGCCCACAACAAAGUUCCAUGGCAACGUGACGUUACUGCGAGCCAAAACCAGCAGCGAGUACGAACAGAACCUGGGGUCUGACUACAAGCUCAGAGAGGUAUGUGAUGGGAAGCUGUCAGUCCACAUCAUCAAGGGAGACCACCGCUCCUUCCUGCAGGGGGAGGGGGUGGAGUCCAUCAGCUCCAUCAUCCACAGCUCCCUGUCUUACCCCCCAGCCACACCUCCACCUGCAUACUAACGCCACAACAUUCCCAACAUGUCUGACCCCAGUGAGUUCAGGAUGUAGACCUUUAACCUUGUUAGAAUAACACACAGCAUGUUUCAGUCCUGUGCCAUUUUGCCCUAAAUUCCCUAAUGCACCUUAAUGCACCUUCUCAAAUCUCAUUGAUCAAUUCAGGCAAUGGACUCACUCUCUUACCUUUCAGAGCUCUUCUCUUCCUGUCAAAUGGUGCCGUCAGUUAAUACCUUAGCUAUUCUAAGAUAGGUCUCCCUAUGUUACUGUAUUUCAUUUAAACUUUUUUUGGAUUGUAGCAGGAAUCCCAAUUUGUAUUUCUUAUCAUGAGCCAGCUAUACAGUGGCCAAUAACUAAUUAGUUAGGAAGUUAUUAGAAAACGACUGUUCUAACUACUUACACAGGCUUUGUUCAAAGCAGAAUCCAAGAAAAUUUGGAUUUUUUCUAUUUAGGGAAAAAUAUGCACAACACAAAAUCAUUCAUUACAUAACAUGUUUGUACAGGCUCCUUCCAUCUAUUUAUAAAAUGACCAAGCAAUACUCAAAGCUAUCAGGCUUCAAUGGAAGACAAACUGAGAGCAGUUUAAAAAGGUAUCUGUAGCUAACAGCAAAGCAGGCAGACACAUAAAUACUUAAGUGUCCCAUUUCUUACCGUUAUUAUGGAGGAAAUUGGCAAAUGAUAUCUUAACUGUGAGUAGACCAGCUCUUACAGCAUCUGCUCAGAUAGAACCAGUCUCCCAGGGACUUACAAAUCAUUUGACAUCUCAGGAACUCUUUUAUUUUCCUCUAAAUGUCUCCCAUACAGAGAAUUGGACGGCUAUUAGCUUCUGAGUUUGACAGUAAUAGAAGUAUGUGUAACGAGCUCAUUGGUCAAUCCCUGUGUUACUUUUUUCAGUGACCAGACAUUGAAUCCAUAUCAAGCCACAAGUUGUUAGGUUCAAGGCUACAAUGAAUAUCAUGCACAUAUCAACGUGUUACUCAGAACAUCUGGCUCUGGAGAGUGCAGUGUGGACAUGGUGUGUUCAAAAGAGACGUGUGUUUAAAGGCUGCCAAGAAGUAUUUUGGUUGUAGCUCAGCAGGUUAUAAGACUUUCUUUCUUAAUCCUAGUAUCCUCCUGUUGUGACCAGAUAACAUUGACCCCCAAAUGACUGUUACAAACGUCGUAUCAGUAAAGAGCAUUUGCAUGUAUUUGAAUGACCAGUACACUUCAUUGCUGGAUUAAUUCGUUUUUGGCAUUAUUGAUGCCAGUAAAUAUCAUUCAAUCAUUUGUAAUUAACAUGUCUAAAUGGUAAUAGAUUGUCUUACACACCAUGUUACACCUGUGCUUCUAACAUCACAACAACUAUAAAAAAAGAAUGUAGCCUAGAAUAGCAUGAGAGGCAGGCUCAGUAACAGUAUAAACACACGACCCUGUUACACUGCCAUGGGAAACAAAAUACUUGUGGACUGGCAAAAGAGGACCUGAUAGUAUUGGUUAUAUGGACAUUUGGAGUCUUUCUUUUGUUUUAUUUUGUAUUUAUUAUAUUUUAUUUUGUCCAAAAGAAAUGUGUUUACCUGUGUGAGAGGUAGCAAUCAUAUCACUUUAAAAGUGUUGCUGUUGGUUUCAUAAUAUUUUGCUUUUAUGCAAAGCAGGUUGUUAACGGUUACAAACAAAUUAUGGAAAGCAUCCUACAACUAAAUAUGUGUAUUAAUGUAGUGCAUAGUUGCUAACAGUGUCAUUAAAUACUUAACAAAUAUAUUGAUAAACCAUUCUGAUUUGUAAAACAGAUGGUUCUGACAUGACAUGCUGAAAAAACACGUUCGAAUUCAGUCUAUUUUUAAGGGAUUGUUUUUAUUUGUUUUUAUCAAUUUCCCUUAAAUACUAUUAUGCCCUGGUACUAAUGAAAAAUAGAUAUUAAUUUUGUAACAAACUGUUAUUAUUUGUAUCCUGCAGUACUAAAAACAAUGUGUAGAAAUGAAGAUGCUGCGUUACAAGAUGGAUAACUCGUGACAGGGCUUACCUUGAUUCAUAAGGCAGUGUUUAUGAAAUAGACACACUGAUCAGCAAACAAGGAAAUAAUAAUAUCUGAUAAGGUAAAAGGGUCUGUCCAGGCACAUUUUUCCCAGCUUACAAACGUGUUACUGAUCUAUGUGAACACAAGGUGUUACUGAGGGCCAAAACUAGUGACUGUUACAGUAUUUGAAUAGUGAAUAGGUACCUUAAUGUGUCACUAAAUGCUGUGUCUUUCCUUAAAUCAGCUGUUAGGUUGUGAAUGACUACUAAGGCCGCCGUUGUAUUAGGACACAACUGAUCUAGUAGGGGGAUCUCCUCUUUCCUGGGGUCUUUGCUGGAAGGCCUUAUCCUCCCAGAGCUGUCUCUGACUUCCAUGACCCUCACUUAAUUUCAUGACACCCCCCCCCCCCCCCCGCAGCAGUCAGCGUGACCUCUGAGACCUCCACCUGGUCUAUGAAGAGUCCGCUGACCGGAGGCAGACGUGGGGAGUGAUUGCUGUGAAGAGGAGAAGGAAGAGACAGUGUAUGCUCAUCUCUUAUAUUAUUGUAAUAUUUCCAGUAUUCUUUUGUUAUGACUAAUAAAGGCAUCUCGCUAAUAAGU